UAAUGUUAUCAAUCUCGAAUUAUUAUUUUAAUGCUUGAAAAUUGGCGCUUUUAUGUGAUAUUUUCGUGAAAUGUUCAAAAUGGACAAAAAAAUAUUCUUGUUUACCUUUGACAUCGAGACAGUUUGAUAAUCAUUUGUUUUUCAGUUGGAUUGAGCCUUGAGUACGAUUGACCUUAUUGAAAGAUGAUUUUAUCAAUUGUGACAUUGUGUUUACUUUACAUCGGAGCUGAUGGACAAGAAAGUCCAAAAGUGGUUCCAUUUACAUCAUUGGUAAAACCAGUGAUCGGAAGUAAAACUUCAUUUGCUUGUCAAUCUCUUACUGGAUCACCUCCUCUUCAUGUAUCUUGGUUUAAGGAUGGAAAUGAGUUAACUGAUUCAUCUACAAUUAGAAUACGAACUAAUGAAGAUUCAUCCAUGUUAAUUAUUGACUCAAUUAAAUCAAGUCAUUCAGGAAACUAUACUUGUAAAAUAUCAAACAGAUUCGGUUAUGAUUCAUUUACAGCUCAAUUACUUGUCGAAGGAUCUCCUAAUUGGUUGGAGAAACCAGCAGAUACCAAAUCAAAUCUUGGAAAUACUAUCACAUUAAAUUGUCGAGCUGUUGGUUAUCCCAAUCCUAAAGUUGAAUGGAAAAGAUUUCAAGACUCAUCUUGGUACAUCAUAUCAGCAAAUGAAGGAUUUAAAUAUGAUUUCAAUCAAUCAAAUGAUAAAUUAACGAUCAAAAAUGUUACUCGUAGUGAUAAUGGUCGAUAUGGUUGUUCAAUUUCAAAUGGGAUAAAACCUGAUCUUUGGUCUGAAUUUGAUGUUUCUAUUCAGGGAAUCGCUGAUUGUUUUGCUAUUAUCGACUUUCACUUUGUGUUAUGGCCAAGAAAGUCCAAAAGUGAAUUUACUCACUCCAGCUAUUAAACCGAUAGUUGGAGCAAAGACUUCAUUCACUUGUCAAAGUCUUUCCGGAUCAUCUCCUCUUCAAAUAACUUGGUUCAAAGAUGGAAAAGAGAUUUUUGAUUCUUCGGAAAUCAGAAUUAGGAACAUUGAAGAUU